AUAACCGGUUGUUGAAAUCAUUUUUCUUUGUCUGUGAGUGUGACAAAUUGCAUAUAAAAAUAUGGACAAGGAUCUCCUCCCAAACACCACGAAACAUACUCUAUGUAUUGUGACGCCAUUCACGAGGUUGCCCAGAGUUAUACAGGAACAACUUCCGUCCCUUAAGAUUGUAAACUUUCCGCUGUCUGGAGUUGUUCACAUGCCACCCAACAUGGAUAAAUUGAUAGAUGUUGUGAAAGAAAGCGAGGCUGAUAUAAUUUUAACUUGGCCACAUAUUGUUGUUAAACUUCUACAAAGUGGAAAAUGUACAAACAUAAAAUGGUUUCAAGGCUGUAGCGCAGGUGCAGAAGUUUUGUUUAAAGCCUUUUCUGAGCAGCCGCAAAACGUCAUUUUCACAAGAACUGGUGAAGGGUUUGGUGAAUAUAUGUCUGAAUAUGUUUUAGGACAAAUAAUUUCUAGGGAACAUUUUUUCCCGAAAAUGUUAGAAUCUCAAAGAGCAAAGAGAUGGGAGAGAACAUGGUAUGUCCAGAAGCGCUCGUUAUCGAUGUUGACUAUUGGAUUGUUGGGUACUGGUGUGAUUGGAUCAAAAAUCGCAGAAGUUUGCAAAGCAUUUGGCAUGAUGGUUUGGGGAUUGUCAAGAACUAAAAAGGAGGCAUCAAUUCCACAUUUUGACGUUCUUAUGGAGAAGAGCGAAAUCUCGAAGUUCCUUGCAGGCUGUGACUAUGUUUGCAGUGUUCUACCAAGCACAACAGAUACCAUAGGGAUGUUGUCUGGGAAUAUUCUACAAGCCUGCCAAGAGAAGAAAUCUGUGUUCAUUAAUAUAGGAAGGGGUGAUGUCAUUGAUGAAUCGUCUUUAUUGAACGCUUUGAACAAUGGUUGGAUAGGAGGAGCCAUCAUGGAUACCACCGACAGAGAGCCACUUCCUCCCGAGAGUGAAUUGUGGUCACAUCCAAACAUAGUAAUAACUCCCCAUAUAUCGGGACCUUGUUCGACAGACGUGAUUGCCAAAGUAUUUGUUUCAAAUUACAACAAGUAUAUCAAUGGGGAGCCAUUGGAUUACCUUCUGGACUUUGAGCGCGGAUAUUAGACAAUUAAACGGCCGCUUUAUAUAAUUGUAGACUUGACAAAAGCAAGGUUCGAAACACAACGACGCAGCAUGAAUAAAUUGAUAUAUCUGAACAAUUAACAAUGAAGCAAUACAUUCAAAAUUUGGAAAAGUGACACAGAAUUGAUUAAUAAAUGACACAAUGUACCAUUAUGAUAUAAUGAUUUAUUUUUAAUGCAGUAAUAUAUGAAUAUUAAUGACAUAAUAAAAAAAAAUAAGCAGUUUGAAUUUGUUGGAAC